AUGUUUCGUCAAGCAGCAGACGGAACCUCCAAACUGAUGGGGCGGCGCAAGAUGUUUAUCAAAAAGACGGAUCCAAGGUCGGGCGAGAUAUAUUAUGUCCUCAACAAGUGGUCACACGCUCCAAAAUCGCCUCCAGAAAACGAUUACUUUGAGGCCAAUGGCCUUCUGCUUGACCUUGACGACAUGUUUAGCAAGCACGUGCGACCAGCUACAGAAAAGGAUGACAUACAGGCACUUAAACUGUGGUCACGAAAUCCGAAGGAAAAGGCCAUUCGAAAAAAUCUUUACAAGCUCGAAAAGACGUUGGACGAAUCGAGGUUGAGGGUCUUCGAAGCACGAUCGAGACCAUUAAAUUCCUGGCGACUCGGAAGCUACGACGUUUUCUCCGCGGCUCUCCGGGCCCCAUCACGAUCUCCACUGAUCGGCUACUCGCAAGGCGCCAUUAGCACUUCGACUGCCGAGACACAACCCAGCAAGCUCCACCUGCUUUGUUCGAAUAAUGGUAUUGAAGCAGAGGCUCUGCAUAAUGGUGGUUCACUGCUUCUUGAGCGGUUUCAGUCACGAUUAAGCUUGUUCAAAUCCGAGACAGGUCCUGAGGUUUCUGCGAGCCAGCUAUCAGAAGUACUGGGGAGCCAAGACUCGCUCACAAGCCUUCGCAGGCUAGUGUCGCAGUACUUAUCAUGCAAUCCUAAUGGCAUCGCUUUUUACCAAGCACACAACGCUCAACAAGACUCACAGCUAGAUCUAUCUUUGGAUGUUCGAACUGCGUGCGAGAGUUUCUGGCAGCCAAAUGUCCCGCAGAGUACUUGUGACCUUUUAACUUUUAUUGGCAAUCUUGGACAAAGAUUAUCAGCCAGAGAAGAGCAUCUAGGAGGACCCUUAUGUGGCUUCGGAAUGAAGCUCUCGGCUGAGAUUUGCGUUCCCACGAUUUCUCACCAAUACUUGAACAUGGGAUCCGAGAUCAACCACUGGAGCUCCAGCGAUCAAGGAAUAGGAGACAUAGUCCAGGUUCUAGGAACAUACAUGCGCCACUUCACCACGGAUCCUGAGUCAAACAAGCUUGACGUGAAGGACCGGGAGGCGCUCCUGAAGCUAUUAGUUGGCGACGUAGAUCAAGAAGAUCCCCCGACGGUUCGAUCGCUUAUACUCGAUUUGUUACAAGAUAAAUCCAGAGAGGACAUGGCGCAAAAAGCUUUGGACGCCUACCGAGCCUACAUAGUCCUGCUUGGUCAUUUGGGGGCGGCGGCCCUGCUCGAGCACGAAAUACACUUUUUUGCCGCUGGAGAGAUUGGAGGGUCAAGAGACGGAGAUAGACUAGAGGAUUCAGGACACCAACCAGACGCAACCGUUGCUGAGGCUUUUCAGGUUGCAAUAGACAAUUUAGCUGUGCCUCCAGACAAAGCUGUACUUCCGGCAAACCUCGACUUUGCCGGCUGUGUCAUGCUAGAUCUGAGGGCUAUCGGAAAUUAG